CCGGAUCGUCCUCAACCUGGGCUUCAGCUUCGUUUCGUUUCCGGAUCCGCGACGCCCCUCAUGCAAUCUUAUAUGCGUGCGCGAAUAUAUUUCCUGUCUCUAUUAGAAAUUAUUAAACCGUUGGCUCGCCUCCAGGACCGCGUCCCAAAAGGAAGAAAAAAGCAACUCAAGUUCAGACUAGGCUAUAGUACUUCCAGUACACCGUAAUGAUGGACCGUCGCAACCAGAUCAAUGGAUCGGCCCAAGCUGUGUCACUAAUGUGCGUGGCCCUAUGUGGCACAGCAGCCGACGGGUCCUUAUCCGCUCGCAUGCAUUUGGGCGUAGGAACUAAUGCUAUGUUGCGUCGUUGCUUCCAAUCACCGAGCUCGAGAGAGAGGGUCAGAUUGAAGUCCGGUCCUGCUGGCAGUCUUGGAAUAGAGAAAGUGGCUAGCUAUCAAAGUGGACCUUUCAAGAGAUUGUUUUGCCACCCCCGGUUGGUCGAAUCUCGAGAUCAUAGUCCCAUUUCCCCCAAGCUGGGGCUUGUUUGGUUGCUAUAGAAUACGCCUUCUGGAUUGAAUCUGCGUUGUGUACGGAGUAGUAUACCAUUUCAGACAGUCGUGCCGUAGCAGGUUAUGCCACCUGCUAGCA